CCGAGGGGCGGCCUGCAUGGCGGCGCCCGCGGGAGGCGGGCCGGGGCUGAGCGGGCUCCUUCGGGCAGCGCCGCCGCUCCCUGGGGAGCUGCCGGCGGGCGGGACCUGCCCCAGGGCUGUGCGACACACCGUCAGUAAACUUCCCAACAUGCAGCGGACUUUCAAAGAAGCCAUCAUUUGGCAAUGGAAGAAGAUGGAGCUGACCAUGCCAUUGCUAUGGAAGGAUCUAAUAAUUUGUUCAUAGGCAACUCUAAUAGUACAGGAGAGUCGGAGACAAAUGAUCAGGUCUUUCAGCAUCUAACCUGCAUGGAUCCCCGGGACGCAUUGUUUGGACAGAGGGACUCUCCCACGGGGUUGCCCACCGCAGUAGGCAUCUCGGGCAGUUCUCCCUCAUCGGCUGCUCCCGCGCGGGCUCCCCAGCCGCAGCCCCCCUCCGCGGAGGAGUUCCGCCCGGCUCAGCAAACUGGGCAGCCCCUCUGCGAGCUGCAGCCCCUGGCAGGGCCCAGCGCGCCCAUGAUGAUUGUUGCCAGCCAGUCUGAAAAUGGGCAGGUGCUGCAUGUCAUUCCUUCUGCCCAGCCAGGAAUGGCCCAAGUGAUUAUUCCUCAAGGUCAACUUCUGGAUGUGGCCAGCACGCAAGAUGUUUCAGAAGAGAAGUGUGGUGAUGGGAACUUGCAGACCGUGGCGGUGGCUGCUAUAGCAGACAGUGCAAGCAGUUACAUUCUGCAUCCACAGGCAUCUCUCACUGUAUCAAAAAAACCAAUCACCAGGGUAGUGGAAGAUCCCUUUCCCAUCCCUCUCCAGCCAUUGCCACCAAAUACACCUGCAUGGGCACGCCGUCUCAGGAACUGUGAGAAAAUUGGGGACUCGUACCGCGGCUAUUGUGUGAGCGAGACAGAAUUAGAGAGCGUUCUAACGCUACACAAGCAGCAAACACAAAGUGUGUGGGGGACGCGCCAAUCUCCAAGCCCAGCCAAACCUGCCACACGGUUGAUGUGGAAAUCUCAGUAUGUCCCAUAUGAUGGGAUCCCCUUUAUCAAUGCAGGAAGCAGAGCCAUUGUAAUGGAGUGCCAGUAUGGGCCAAGAAGGAAAGGGUUCCAGCCCAAAAAAGCUGGUGAGCAGGAAGGCACCUCUGGCCAUCUGUACAAAGCCACUUGUCCAGCAAGGAUAUAUAUUAAAAAGGUUCAGAAGUUUCCAGAAUACAGGGUUCCUACUGACCCUAAAAUUGACAAGAAAAUCAUAAGAAUGGAGCAGGAGAAAGCAUUCAACAUGCUGAAGAAGAACUUGAUAGAUGCUGGUGGUGUCCUCAGGUGGUACGUACAGUUACCCACUCAGCAAGCCCACCAAUAUCAUGAAAUGGAAACUUCCUGCCUUCCUUCUUCACCCUCCCAUUUUUCUGUGUCUUCUCCUGAGGAGGAGGAGGAAGUUGUUAGAGAUGAGAACUGUACUCUGCCUUCCCGUCUUCAUCCUCAAGUGGCAGACAAGAUCCGAGAACUGGUGUCUCAGGGAAUAGAGCAGGUCUAUGCAGUGAGGAAGCAACUAAGAAAGUAUGUGGAAAGAGAAUUAUUCAAGCCUGAUGAAGUGCCAGAAAGACAUAACCUGUCCUUCUUCCCCACUGUGAAUGACAUCAAGAACCACAUCCAUGAAGUUCAGAAGUCCCUGAGGAAUGGCGAGAUGGUGUAUAAUUCAGAAAGUAUCCCAGCAACGCUGCAGUGGACCACAGACAGUGGGAAUGUUCGCACAGAAACAGUGACUGUUACAUUUGCCUCACCACCUUCAGAUGGGAGCUCAGCAGGGGAGUCAGUCGUCACCAAAGCAGAAUCCAACCAGAGUGGGGAGUCCUUGCUACCAGAAACACCUCAGCUGUUGUCUUCACUCUCUUCACUUCAGCCCAAAAUAUUUGCACAACUUCAGGGAUUACAGCUGCAGUCAACUUUUACCUCCACAAACGGAUCAACAGCCCUGAUAACUGUAAAUAACCAUUCCCCUCCAAGCCCUGCAAGUCUCCUGGAUUCCAUAGGGAGUGCAAUAACCAGCCAUUCUCUAGUACUUAGUCAGGGACACAGUCUGCAAGCAGGUGCUGGCCUAGCACAGCACAACGCUGCUGCCUCUGCCUUUGGGACUCUGCCUGGCACUGAUCAGAGCCUGGUCACCAUGGGCCAGCUGGUAGCGGUUGGAGGGGUAGAUGACUCCAGAAGCCUAGAAGGAGGAGUCCAUCAGGUUCUCCUGGGAGAUGUACAGACUAUUCCAGUACGAAUUGUGGACAGCCAUCCAGCCCUUACUGAAGAAAAUACGGAGGGUGUUAUCUGUGUGAGCCAAGUUAAACAAGAGCCAAGAGAAAAAGCUUUGUCUGUGGAGCCAGAUAAAAGCAGAGACUGCCAUAGUUCCUCACCUAUUUAAAUCUGUGAAGCCUGGAAGGAUUUUUCAAAUCGGAGAACUUGGAAGGAGAGGCGGGUGAUCUCAAAGUAAUGCCAUUCUUUUUAAAUCUUAUUGUGACAUUCAGACUAGGUGUAUGUUACACUAGUUCUGACAGACAGCUGUGUUGAUUUAUGACUGAUGUGGCUCACUGCCAAUUCCAGGUCAUUCAGUUGCCCUGUGGAACACCACCUCUCUCUUCUAUUUCAAGUGUUGAGUAAGUUGGAUGCUAUCCAAAUGGCUUAUUUUGGUCAACAUUUCUGAAGGUCUUCCACAAUUUAAUUCCUUAGCUUUAGAAUGUGGAUCACAAUGCUGGGUUUGCUUUUCUCCUUGAGACCCUCGACUGUUACGGCGCUACAGAGAUGGUAGAACCUGCCAGCUCCAAGACCACAGAAUCCAAUGGUAAAGUGUAUGAGUACAGCAGUGAUUUUGUGAAAAAUGAAGGUCCAAGAUGCUAAAUAUCAAAGUGAUGAAGGACAUGGAUGCUUAAGAAAAUGCAACUUUGACCUGAUCGUAAUGUUAGUGAUGUGAAGAUCAAGGAGAAGAGAAAGGUCAGAGGCUAUCCAGCAGGUCUAUCCAACAAGCAACAACUAAGCUAUUCUUUCUGCUUGCCCACUCAAGAAGUUGUACAAGCCUGCAAGGGACAAGGAUGUAAUGAAGAAGAACAGGAAGCAUUCCAAACUGUCCUUCAAAACCACCACGUUCACCUCAAAGGAUCACUUACCUCUGAGAGUACUCCAGAUAACCAGCAAGAGACCAGAGCGGAGAGCAGAAGAGGAAGUGACAUUUGUAAAAAAACUGCUUGAUGGAGAUAGAAAGCUCUCAAAGUUACAGCUCAAGAUUGCAGUUUCUUCUGGCUGAAGUGGUUCACUUCAAAUGUGCAGUAGUUAUCUUCUGAAUGCAAACUGGUGUAACAACUUCAUGUUCUUGGCUGUUGGCAAAGCUGUUAUCACAUCUGAGGUGUUCUGUACAUGGAAGGAGAUGGAGAAAGUGGGGACCUUCUUCUACUGAGAACAGAUGACCUGUGGAAAGAGGGCAUUACCAGUUUUAAAUCGAUAUCUUCACACUAAUUUGGUGGGUGCAUAGGUUUUUCAUGUCAGGUUCUAGUGCAUGUCUAACUUUGAACAUAAUAGAAGCCAUAAAAUGACCUCUCCCUGGCCUCCCCAUAUUUAUUUUUUUUUGUCUCCUACCACUGUACUCAUACUCAUCACUUUUGGGCUAUGGGGGAAUUGUUUUAACACAACCUCAUCUACCACUUUUCUGCCUUUCUCCCAUUGCCUUUUUCUCCCAUCCAGAGCAGCACAGAAACAAAAAAUUAUUUUUUUUUAGAAACUGCUCUACCAUCCUCAGUUUCCCAUGUUUGGGGAUAAAUUUUCUUUCUGCUUUAUUGUGCUGAAGAUUGAUUCCUUGCAUGACUGAAAUGUAAGAUGCCGCUAUGUUUUGCUGGAGGAAGAGGAGAUGCAGGGUGAGCUCCACUGGCCCCUCCACUCCAGAAGUUCUUGCAGGAACAGGUUCUGCUCAUGCACCUGCAUCUCCACACAGGCCGGCACAACUGCAGAGCCAUGCUGAUGAGAGCAGCAUCUUGCACUCCGUGUGCCAGCAAAUUAUCAGUACAAAUAACUGCCCUUCUCCCCCUUCCAUCGUUUUGAAUCUAGAUCAGUCUGUGAGUCUGGCCCAUUGUGCAUCACACAAAUGACUCUUCGGGCACAACUUGAAGGGGAGCUCAGGAGAGGGUCAGGAAGUUCUUAAUCUCCAGUUUUUAGGUUAACCUUCUGUACUGGGUGUGGGUGGCCCUGUGCAGGACACACCUGGUUCCAGCCAGCUUUGCAAUGGACCCACUGCAGGACACAGCUGAGUUGAUCAGUGAAGCUGAUGGCACUUUUGUGAAAGCAUAUUUAAGAAAGGGCAGAAUGCUGCAUGGCAAAGAGGAGUGAGGAAAAAAGUGAGAGAAACUCCUCUGAACACCAGGGUCAUAGAAGAAGGAGAGGGAAUAAUUGCUUCAGGUGCUGGAGCAGAUGUUUCCCUGCAGCCCACGGAAGACCCCAUGCUGGAGCAGGUGGAGAUUUCCUGAAGGAACUGCCAUCCACUACAGGAGCCAUGCAGGAGCAGGCUUACGCUGAAGGACCGCAGCCUGUGGAGAGGAUCCAUGGUGGAGCAGGGGAAAAGCAUGAGGAGGAUGGAGUGGUAGAAGGGAGCUGUUACAGACUGCAACCCUCUGUUCCCCUGUGCCCUCCGCUGCUUUGGGCAGGAGGGAAGUAGAAGGUGUGAAGUUGAGCCUGGGGAAAGAGGGGGCAGCAUGAGGGGAAGGUGCUGUUUAAAUUUGUAUCUGUUUCUCACUAUUUUAAUCUAUUUUAGUUGGCAAUAAAUUAAUUUUCCUCACAUUGAA